AUGUCACUCAGGGACAAUGGGCAUCGCAACCCGGCUGGUGGCAUCCCUGAUGUGACACGUAAGCCACCAGCAGAUCUCCAACAGCCCGGGAGGGCGGGCAUCAGAAAGGCUGCUGCCUCAGCCGGAGCAGGAGCCAGGAGUUCCUCCAGCUCUCAGACUGGCCACAUUCACCUGAACCUGAACUCCAAGCCCUGCAGCGCUGGUCCAGGGCGGGGUCUGCACAGGGCUCUCCAGCCCGAGUCCGCUCCAGCAUCCCCGGCCCUGCAACCUGUGCCUGUGGGCAGGCGGCACCAGGGCCAUGAGGUUUUUGCGAAGCCGGUGCGGCGGCUGCCAGCGGACAUGCCCAGAGCCCUGGUCACCCACAUCCCGCAGGGCCUGGAGCAGCCGCCCAUCGAAGCCACCUUGCACCCGGCCUUCCUGCCCCUGGGCACGUUCAGGCUCUGCAGCACCAGGGCCCUGAGGCACCAGAAGGCCAAGGUCACCCUGGUGGAGUGUGGGGAGGACAUAAGUCACACCUCUCCCAGAGAGAUCCCAGGCAAGGGCAAGGGCGGUGUCCGGCAGGUUCUGUGUCUGGACAGAGCAGAGGACACAAGGGUCCUGGGGCAGGUGAAACGCCUGCUGCUGGAUGAGAGGCCCUGGCGGGACCGCAGGGAGGCCGCCGCGGAGCUCCGCAAGGAGUGGGCCCCGCAGAGCCACACGGCCAGAGGAGCAGGUCCCCGAGAGUUCUUGGCCCUGGUGACAGUGACAGACAAAGCCAAGCAGGAGCAGGUGGAGGAAGAACCCGGGGGCCUGUUACAGCUGAGAAGUGAGGAGCGUGGCCCGGAUUUGGUGACCCUGCAGGCAGUGAGAGACAUGUGGGACCAGGAGCCCACGGACAGUGCCGCCGCCCACAGUGAGUCACAGCAAAACACGAAGCCAGGAGUCAAGAGGGUGGACAGUCCCGAGUUUGUGGCCGUCAUGGCCUAUGCGCACCCGUGGACCCCGGGGGAGAUGUUGAAAAUCACUGGGGAGGAGUCCCUGGGCUGGAACGACAGGAGAGCCACGCCAGAUGCUGUCCCCGAGGUCUUAUCUGUCACGUGCAAGGACAUUUGGAGAGCCCCUGAGAAGGUGGAUGCCAUGGUCCUGCGGAAGGCCACCGCCGCCGGCCUCCGGGAGAACAUUUCCAGCCUGGCCAAGGUCGAGACGCCCUCCAAGGCCAAGAGGACACAGCGAGGCCUCAUGGCGGGCUGGGGCGACCACGAGGUGGGGCUCUCGGAGCUCCCGGUGCUGCUGGCCGCAGGGGAGGCCGUGGGGAUGGCCUUGGGCCCCGGGGGCGGCGUGGGAGGACCGGAGAGCCAGGCUCAGAGCCCAAGGCUGGGGCCUCCAGGAAGCGGAGGGCCAAGCCGGCGGGCAUGGGCUCCAGAGCCCUGGCCAUCCCCCUCCCCUGGGUCCGGCGGGCUGACCGGCCCCUCAGCCCUGGCCUUGCAGCCCCGGCUUAAGAGGAUGACGGGUCCCCGGUUCUGUCUCUAA